ACGCGCCUGCUGUCCGUGGCCACAAGGCGCAGACGCUCAGUUUAUCUUCAGCGCAGUUUCUCCGUCGAUCAGCUGUUGAAGUCUAUAUGCGUAAAAAUGCGUCGUUGUUUUCCUGCUUUUCUGCAGACUGCGUGUGAAAUCUCCGUCGCUGUCGUCUGCUCCAGGCUGGUGGAUCAUGCUGUGGUUCUCCGUUGCUGAAAAAAAAAAACAAGUAUGUGAAUGCAUCAUAAUUCAUAAACGACCAUAGACUCUUUAGUCAAAUUGCGCAAGAUGCUUGGUGACAUCAACACGUUGCUAGUUAGUGUUUAAAUAAUAAUAAACUGUAAAUGUUCUGUUUUUAGAGGUUUGUAGGCUAUGUCGCAGAAUCUGGUCUCGUUUUCAUGUUCUCCUUGACCUGAUUUUUGGGGAUGAACACGCACAUCUCACAUGUUCGUGUGGGUUAACGGCGGGAUUUUUUUUUUUUUUUUUUUUUUUUUUUUUUUUGCGCAUUUUUAUUAUUUUUGCGCCACACGUUUUAAUCUGUAAAAAAUGCUGUGCUGACUUCUUCCAGAUCAGUUUGUGCUAUACAUGUCUUCUUGUAACUGACAUUUUAAAUGCUGUGCUUGUUUUUAACCUAUCUUUUUUUGUGCUUGACAGAGCAUUAACUCCACCAUCACUUAAUUAUUGUGUCUUGGAUUAAUGUGGAUGUACGACUUUGGUACACUGAAGCCUGAGACAAUAACAGGUUCAUUGUUUGGUAAUAUAAUGCUAGAAUAUUCUUAUAAAUACUGUGCAUCUGGAACAUCUGUACACAUGCUGGUUCAUGUAGUUAUUGUAUAAGCUGAUGGUGUGACGUGGUGUCAGAUACAGGUCAAGAGCUUCACAUAGUGUUGAUGUUUGACGUGACCUCAAGGUCUGAAGUUUUGUGCAAGCUGAGAUGAACCACAGAAAUGGAAAUGGCUUGUUAGGAUUUUAAACAACAAUCUCAGAUUGCACAAAACUUCAGACCUUAAGGUGGAUGAGCUACAACAGCAGAAGACCACGUCGGGUUCAACUCCUUUCAACCAGGAACAGGAAUUUCCCAUCUAUCAUGGCCACAGACUCGUCAUAAAAAAAAAAAAUCACCUGGAUAUUUUCCUGUUUUUAGCUGCCCAGUGUCGGUGAAUCUUGGCCUUGUAGAAGACAUAAAUCUCACGAUGCCUCCAGCGAGACCAUACAGCCAAGCUAUAAGACCUCCUCUGCCUUUUAGAGCUUACAGCGGUUCCAGUGUCUUCUGUACAGAGGAAAAUGUCUCCGAGUGCAUGCAAUACAUUGAUAAGGAGCUUUUAUCGUUGGGUUUGCCAUCGAUCUUCUACGACUCAAAUAGAAAUCAAGAACUUGAUAUCGUUUUGACUCUUAACAACUUGUAUGAUCUUCUGCAGCUCAAUCACUUUGCUGUCGGAAACGUGGACGAACAUGAAGCGGCACGGCUUAAGGACCAGCUUGAACUUUCCAUGAAAGAAAAUGGCAAAUUAUGUCAACGAGAACAGCAGUUAGAAAAUAAUAUAAAGGCUUUACAAAGAUCUUUGAAAAAUGAAAAAAAGGAGGUUCAGAAGCUUCGGAACAUCAUUGCAAGCCGUGCGACACAGUACAACCACAGCAUGAAGAGGAAAGAAAGAGAGUUCAACAAGCUUAAAGAGCACCUCAAUCAGUUACUUACAGACAAGAAGGACAUGAAACAGAGGAUGGAGGUGUUGAAAUAUUUUGAGAGGUCAGAUGACAGUCCGAGGAAAACUGGAAGAGCAGAUACAAGACAUGAAAGUGAAGUGUGCAGGACUCUUCUGAAUGAGUUUGAUAAACGCCAAAGGGAGCUGAUGUUGGAAAAUUUUGAGCUGAAAAAAGUGCUCCAGCAAAUGAAACAGGAAAUGGUGGUGAUGUUAAGUCCAAAGGACCACUUUCAGAAACAGGAGAAAUUCUCUGAAUUCACAGAUCAGCAAUUAGCUGAUGAAGAAGAGACGUCUUUUAAUGGGACUUUAGAGAUGUCAUGUGAGCACGCUCGUGAGAAGCUUACCAACAGCAUUCGGCAACAGUGGAGAAAACUGAAACAUCAUAUGGAAAGCCUUGAUAAUAAAGCAUUUGUUUUGCAGUCAGGAAAAGGGGUCAGUGAGGAGAUGAUUUCUAAGCAGGUCCAUCAGGAAGAAACAGAGAAACUCAAAAUGGAGAUCCAGCAAUGCAUGGACUUUAUUCAAACUCAGCAGCAGCUCCUGCAGCAACAGCUAAAUACUCAGUGUGAUGAAGAGACUGCAGCCGUCCUGAACGACUGCUACAUGUUAGAAGAGAAGGAGCGCUUGAAAGAGGAAUGGAUGACUUUUGAGGAGCAGAGGAAGAACUUUGAAAUGGAAAGGAGGAGUUUCACAGAGGCAGCUAUCAGAUUGGGGCAUGAGAGGAAAAUGUUUGAGGAAGAUCGUGCAACCUGGCUAAAACAUCAGUUUUUGAACAUGACGUUCACUGAGCAGAUGAGGUCACAUAACGUCAUAUCAGAAUAUUCUGGUCAAGAACAGAAACACAUAUCGGCUCCUAAAACGCCACUCUAGCAUUGCGAAUAAAAGGCUAGCGAGGUCAUCCAAGGGACGUACAAACUGCACAGAAGACCUUGAUCGAACAAGAGCGAACAUAUAGAGUGAUUAUAGGGUGUUAUUUAUCUCACGGAUUCAUGUGGCAUUGGCAAAGGUGGUUUACAUUUGGCAUUCGGUGUCAUGCUUUGCUAUGGUUUUGGUAAGGUAGAGUAUGAUCUUUAGGAGAAGCUGCAUAAACAAACACCUUGUUCGUUUACUGUUUUUAAUGAACCACAGUUCUAUAUGAUAGAAGAAAUAAUUCCCAUUCAAAUGCUUUGGUCACAUUGUACAACAUGUGCAACAAUUUAAUGCUUAAGUGCAAAGCAGUAACUUGCGUAUCUUGUUCAGUGCAAACUGUUUACAUAUUAUUAACUAAUUAUUAAUAUGAUUUUAAAGGCUCUUUGAAGGCUAGGAACUACCAUAUAAAAUAGUUAAAGAGAGAGACAUCUUUGUGAGCAUACAUCACUUAAACUCACUCAUUUUUCUGUUGGCUCAUUAAUAUACAGUAGGAAUUGUUUGCGAUAUAAUUUGAUUUAUAAUUCACUUAUUUCAGCUUUAAGCUCAUCAAAUAUAUUCAUAUUUUCUGUGUUUAAGAUGCAUUUUAGUGUUUAUAGUAAUCUCCUUUAUUAGUUGAACUUUUACUGAUAAGUUCUUUAAAAUGUCUAGAGCACAGUUCCUAUGAAAAGUUGAAGAAAUAAUCAUAUGGUUAUACUAAAAAAUAAACUUGUUUUUUUUUAAUUGGUA